AUGUCGAUUGACAAAAGUUGGACUUCUUUGAGGAACCGAUUGUCGGAUGAAUAUUGGAAUGGAUUAUCUGCUUUUAUUAAGGUCACCAAAAAUUAUGUAACUUCAAUUAGCCAUAUCAGCUGUCCUUGUAUGAAAUGUAGAAACCAUGAAAUGCAUCCAGUAGAAACCGUGAGAGCGCAUAUACAUCGAUAUGGUUUUGAUCCAUUGUAUAGAACAUGGAUUCACCAUGGUGAAGUAGAGGCGAUUUCAGGUGUAGACCCAAUAGUUAAUCAACCAGUAGACGAGAUGUUUGCAGUCUUAGAAGACGUUACCGAGAUUAAUGAUGACCAUGGAAUGUUGGAUGAGACGCAUGUGGAUCUAGAAGAUGCACAAUAUGCUGAAUUUAAGGAUCUACUUUCUGAGCUCCAGUGGCCUAAUGAGUGUAUGGAUGCUGUCUUAAGUCUAUUGAAAGAUGCAUUUCCGGAUGUGAAGUUACCUUCUUCUCAUUAUGAGUCGAAGAAGCUCAUGAGUAAACUUGGAUUAGGUUACGAAACAAUUCAUGUCUGCAAGUACGAUUGUGCUUUGUUUUGGAAGGAGACGCUGAUCUACAAACGUGUCCUGUAUGUAAAACAUCACGUUGAAAGAAAAAAAAAGACAAAGGGUACUAAACAAGUCCCGUGGAAAGUACUACGUUAUUUCCCAUUAACAGAUCGGUUGAAGCGUCUGUACGGUUCUCAUUACACAGCUAAAGAGGAUAAUCCAGUCGAUGGUAUUGAAUGGAAGGAGAUAGAUGAAAAGUAUCCUGAGUUUUCACGUGAGCCGAGAAAUGUUCGCUUGGGGUUGGCCGCUGAUGGUUUCAAUCCUUUCGGUAACAUGAGCCUCUCAUACAGUAUGUGGCCGGUGGUUUUAACAGCUUACAAUUUACCUCUGUGGUUAUGCACUAAAGAUCCUUAUAAGAUGUUGACAUUGUUGAUUCCUGGCCCAAAUGCACCCGGAAAGGAUAUGGAUGUCUUUUUAAGGCCUCUUGUGGAUGAGCUAAAAGAUUUGUGGAAUGAUGGAGUAAUUGUACGUGACGCAGUUUCGAAUACAUCAUUUCAGAUGCUAGCUAUGUUGCUCAUGACUGUUAAUGAUUUUCCUGCUCGUAGUAGUUUAUCUGGAUGGAGGGGUCAGGGCUAUUUAGCAUGCCCAACUUGCAACGAUGCAACUCCUUCAAAGAGGAUAACAAGUAAGACUUGUUUUGUUGGCCAUCGGCGAUGGCUUCCUAUUAAACAUGGGAUGAGAAAAAAUAAAAAGUUUGAUGGUAUGGUUGAGAAACGACCUCCACCGGCUCAAAAAUCUGUUGACCAAAUCUUAGCUCAGUUACAAAAUGUGUCUUUCAGAUUGCCUGGUAAACAUGAAAAGUAUGGUGGGAAGAAGCGGAAAAGACAUGCAAGCGAGCUUAAUUGGACAAAGAAGAGUAUCUUUUGGGAGUUGCCUUAUUGGAAGUCAUUGUCGUUACGUCACAACUUAGAUGUCAUGCAUAUUGAGAAGAAUGUAUGCGACAGCUUAUUGGGCACAAUUCUAGACAUUGACGGAAAAAGUAAAGAUACGGAUAAGGCGAGAAUCGAUCUGUAA